CCCUCUCAUAAUUUUAACCAUUGUGUUUUUUGUGUUAGAUUUGAAGCAGUUGACCACAUUAGUCACGUAGCGAAUUUAAACCGUUGUUCUGCCAAAAUACGCUACAUCGGCGAAACGUCUUACAUUAGUCGAAUUUGACACCUAAAGUACUACCGUGCGCUCUAAACUUGUUUUGUUUGGAUGCAUACAGGAAUAAGGUACUAAAAAAUGCCUGCAGAAAAUACUUAAAUGUAGUUAUAUAUAUAGGACGGCUUAAACACGCUACGUGACCGAACACCGUCCUUAUUUGAUAUAACUACAUUUAAGUAUUUUCUUAAGGCAUUUUUUCGUACGUUCUGCCUGUAUGCGUCUAAACAAAACAAGUUUAGAGCGCAUGAUAGUACUUUGGGUGUCAAAUUCGACGUUUCGCCGAUGUAGGACAUUUUGGCAGAACACUGGUGUUCUGAAAUUCCUUCUACCGAUCUAGAUGACGUUUCUGCCGGGUUUUACUUAAAGGCAUUGGAUAUAAGGUAUGAACAGAAAACGACCUCUGAUUUGUGACAUUUUCAAAGUACAGAAAAGAAGACCAGGUGCUGAGAAGUUUGGUGUCAAGAGUGAUGAAGGUUUGACUGACGUCCGAGCCAGCCUGGAGUACCUCAUGACACUAUUUCCCAGAAAGCUCUUCAAUGACAAAUUACCUCAAAUUGUACUGAAGCACCAACUGUAUAGCAUUCAUCAUGACAAGACUCUAGUGGACAAGGAAGUGAAUAAACUGCGCGACAAUGGGGAGCUGCUCAUGUUCCAACUCGGUUUUGACGCCGAGGCGUUUGGCCUUGUUUUCACGCCUGACUACAAGGCCAAAGUUUUGUCCGGAGAGGAGGGAAGAGACACCCGAGGGACUGUGGACAAGUUCUUGGAGAAAGUUUUGUCGCCUUGCACCGAUCUGAGCUUCAGCAAAGACCAGAUGAUCAGGGACUUCCUCUUUACGGACUCAGAAAUCACGCAGCUGGUGAAGGCCGGGGUCUUGACGGUCAGGGACGCCGGCAGCUGGUGGCUCUCUAUUCCCAACUCUGGCAGAUUCACGAAGUACUUUAUACAAGGUCGUAAAGGCGUGCUGAGCAUGGUGAAGAAGUCGCGCUAUGGCGAAGCGUUACAGGCUGAGCUGGAAGGACGGCGGACCACCUCGCAAGUAAAAUUCCACAUCAAGUACCACAUUCACGAUCUGGUCGGUGCCGAGCUGGUGGAAAGCAUACCAACAACCUCUGGGACUUUGUUGCGAUAUGUUGACUCCUGAAUUAUCGAAGAUGAGAGAUAAGAUGCUCAGAUUGUCAAUGUAUGGUACUGUAUUUUUUCACAAAUGAAGGCCUUAUAAAAACCCAGUGGGUUCAUGAAAUACACGUGAUGUUCUCAACCUUAUUAGGUUAUUGCAUUAUAUAAUUAAAAUCAUCUGCAUUAUUU